AUGGACUGCGUGUUCCGUAUUCUCAACAAAGAGUACGUUCCAGCAUUGGCUGAUCCACAAUCAGAAUACUACCAGAGCUUCACGAAAACGGUCACUGACGCAGUAGCUCGCACUCUUACUGCACCUCAAUUCGACGUCUGUGUCAACGAACUCUGUUGGCGAAAGACGAUGGAGGCAUGGGAAGCAAGUAUUCGAACAUCUGAUCGCCACUCACAAGGCGAUCAGAUUGUAUCGGUGGCGGACGUACCUCGACCGGUUGAGGUGAAGAGUCUGUUCGAGGAGAAUGCCAUACGUGGCACUAUUGGCGGAUUGGCGAUUGAACCCAGUACAGUCAAGGCCAACGCGAUCGAAGCUCCACCCGUCGAGGAUUCUGAGUUCGGUAAGGCCUAUGUGCGAAAUUUGGUGAUCAUCGGAGCUGCAGCUCUACUUCUGAUAUUCGCCGUGACCUGCACUUGCUGUCUGCUAUGUCGAGUUAGGAAAACUCGGUACCCAGUACCACAUCCGACUCCAUACCUCUACGGAAACGGGCUAACCAAGGCCCCGGCCGGUUUUGACAAUGCUGCAUUCUUCAAUCACCAACGGCAUUAUUCUCAAGCGACGACGGCUUCCACGAAGAACGGGAACAGUCCCCAAUCGGCAGAAGGUCGUGGGGAAACACCAGGCGGCAUAGGAGAGACCACCUACCAGGAGUGGUAUUCUAAAGUCGGAUCCAAACCGGCCUCACAACAACACGAAGAAGCUCCAGUAGCCGCCACACGUCCUCCGUCAACGACCCCGUACGUCUCCUAUCCAAAUGAUCCGUCCGGUUAUUAUACGUUGGGCGGUGAACAUCGAACGGAAUCAAGCAACAAGCAUUUUCGAUCUCCGUUUUGA